UUGUUUAGGUGGAUAAAAGAACAUGUGAGAAAAGCAGAUGUUAACGGCAAUGGCAGCUUAACAUUCGAGGAGUGUCUGACUUUACUUCAGCAACUGAACAUCUCUAUGAGGAGACGAGAAGUACGAGAAUUAUUCAACGCAGCUAAUUUUAACAAAGUUAAAAUAGACGGUGAAGAUGCCCUCGAACCCGAUGAGUUCGUUCAUUUCUAUCGAAGUCUCGUCCACAGACCAGAAUUAGAAGAAAUCAUGAAAGAGUAUGUUAUUCAUUAUUAUUUUUAAUUAUAAAUAAUAAUCAGGGCCUAUAAAGCAUGAUUUUACACUAACUUAGAUACUAAAUUAAUGUUUUAGCAUUUUUAAAGUUAUUAUAGUAGCAAUGUUUAUUUAAAAUUAAGCUCUAUACUUUCGUCUUCUUCAUUUUUACUUUCUGGCUGGGGGUGAAAUCGCAUACUAUCUAAAAUCAAUCGUAUUUGGAAGCUAUCAUGCUUUUUUACUUUCCCCCCCACAUUUUAGAAUUAUCGCAGGAAUACUGCCUGCUUGGCAAAGUGGCAAGCAAGAAAAAAAAUUAUGGAUCAUAACAAUCUUCAUUAAGACAUUUUUGAGAAUUGGCAGAACUUCAAAUCGCAGCCCGAAAACAGUGUGCUUGAGUUUUUUUCUAAGGGAAAAUGGCACAAGUUUGUUCCUAUGAUACGCUACGUCCUAUGGAAAAAAGGGAAAACUUAGUAAUUACAAUUGGUCCAUUAAAUCGGUCGAGGGAAUAAUAUAGUUCUCACACUUAUUAAAGGGAAAGACUUAAAAUGUUAGUUCUUGCAUUCCAAAC